AUGGCAACUAUGCCGUUUGUCAGCGAGGGGAAGUGUGUAAGUGUGGAGUGGGAUUUCCUACAAGGACUACUGGCCAAGCCUCCCACUCUGCCCUGGUGAGACGACACACGCGCACACACACACACACACACACACACACACACACACACACACACACACACACACACACACACAAAGACUCAGGUUGAUACUGUAUAAGCCUGCAUGCAUGCCCGUGAAUUAAUCUCUGCAAGGUGAAAUCCAUGCAUUAGCACCCUUGCGCACACUGUCAGCUUGAAGAAGAAUUUCCUAUCAAUGAAACACAAUCCGGAAGACAGACGAGUGAUCUCCCCGGUGCUACAUAUAACCUGUAUUGUUGCCCACCUGCCAAUCCUGUCAGAGUCGUGAAUCCCCCUCCCUUUAGUGGGAGAUUAAGUAAAUUUGGCUGGAAUUAUUAAUGGGCAGUCAUUUACAGGCGGAUAUAAAAACUAAGCAGAAUCAAUGUGAGCGUAUUGAUUGUUCUCGGUGGCUGGGGUCGAGGCGGUAUAAUAAUGAGAUGUUACAGAGGCUGGCAGCAUGAGUCCACUACACACACACACAAGGAGAAAAACACACAGCUUUACCUUAUUAGAGGAAAGCAGGGAGAAAUACAACAGCUGUGUCAGCUGAUUAAGACACAAACAUAUGUACACACACCGUAUACAGCCUUUCCCUUUGUUCUUUUCUUCCCUUUGCUUUUACUUAGACACACACACAACACACACACACACUCUACUGGUGGUCUUUCAGGGGGAUGAGAAUCAACAACACAGACACGAGGGAGAAAGGCUGGUUCGUCUUGCUCCUCUGGCUCUCUUUCUCACGCACACACACACACUCACACACAGACACACACACACUUUAUUCCAGCGCAGCACGGACACAAAUUGUGAAGUGGCUGUGACAACAUAAUUCCACCACUCAGGCCCCAUUGAGGAGAGUCAAUACCCAAUCAGAGAGACAGGCUACCUGAGCCCCGGCCCCCCUUUGUCACUCCGCCCCUCCUUCUCCUAUUGAUCCCUCAAUCACGGCUUCAGCUCACCAGCCCAGGACCAGAUGAGAGAGAGAGAGGGGUAGAGAGAGAGAGAGAGGGGAGGGUUGGAGGGGGAGGAAAGUGAGAGAUAGGCAGCAAGAGAUUGUAAGUGUGUGUUCACAUAUGGAUUUUAGAGCAAAUAGCAUUAUUAGGACUGCUCUAUGAAAGACAGAAGGAGAGAGUUUGACCGUGAUUACGAAGCCAAUCUGUAAAGGGGGCAGAGUGGAGAUUGUUUCAGUGGAACUGCAGCGGCCGUCGCCAUCAUAUGUAUUUAUGAAAUGAGGUCUCUGAAUUGGGGCUCAGGUCAUUAACACAGAUCUACAGGUGGUCAGUAGAAGACCAUUAUGUGGUCCUCUUUACCGGUUCAGACGAUUUUCCUGCCCUUUUCUUGUUCUCUCGCCUUCUUGCGUUUAUCUAUUUCUACCAUUUACCCUUCUCCGUUCUACCCCCACCCCAAACCCCACCUCUUCCUCUCUGCAGUCUACAGAACCUGCGGAAAGAGAAGUCUCGCAAUGCGGCUCGUUCGAGGCGGGGGAAGGAGAACUUUGAGUUCUUCGAGCUGGCCAAAAUGCUGCCCCUGCCCGGCGCCAUCACCAGCCAGCUCGACAAGGCCUCAGUCAUCAGGUUGACCAUCAGCUACCUGCACAUGCGCACCUUUGCCAGCCAGGGAGACCCGCCCUGGAGCCCGCUGAUGGAGGGAGACAGCAACUGCAGCAAAGGUGAGCGAAAGGGGGAACGCCUUUUGAGUAGCAGGUUUGAGACCAUCACACCCUCGGCCAAUCAGAGCAGGGAUUGAAGACUUAAGUUCAGGGCACAUCAAGGAGGGUUUGUAAAACUGAAUAUUCUGGUUUAUCUUUGACGUUAGAGCAGCAAUAAAACAGUCUUAGCUAGUUAUAGCAAGCUAGCCUCAGGUAACGUCAAGAACCCACUUAAAACGUCACUUCUUGUUGUCUUGGUCUCUUUCCCUUUUCCUCUAGUCGAUAUACAUAUUUAUUAAAAAGGCACAUAACACCUCAGUGUAUACAUGAACUAUUUUCAAAGUUUGUUCACCUUUCAGUUUGUCAAUCUACACCACACAAGGAAAAUUCCCGUAUAUUCACACCUUUCAAUUAAAUGUCUUCACGGUCAUGCUACCAGUUAAGUCACAUUUUAUCAAGUUCUUGGAAAAAAGUUGCGUUUUAGAAACUUGGAGAAGUUUUUUUUUCUGAAUUUUAUGGGUUGGUUCCAGUUUUAUUUGGACUCAGUAUGUUCUGAAAACAAAUUAGUUUUAAUUAAAUCAUGAUUCUUCCUGAAAUUUCCCAACUGUAUUAUCUUUUUUGGCAGCAGGGGGGGCUGACAACAAAACAGAGCUUUGGCCCCAAAUUCUAUUUUUAUGUAAAAAAUACACUUAUUUAAAAAAGGAAAAAAACAAUUAAUAUUUGAAAAAUCUGGAGUUUACAGUUAAUGAAUUUAGUUAUUUGGGAAAACAUUUGACUCACAGGAAAUAUAAAGUAAUAAAGCCCAGCACAGGUUACUCAUGAGUAGAUUAGCUCUUGUAUUUGUUAGAAAUCUAUAUUUUUACCCUGGUUGGAGUACAUGUUUGAAGACCUGAAUGAAACCUUACGUUUCUCACUCAGAUCUGAUGCAGUUCAGCUUAUAUAAAAAAACACUCUGCAGGGACAAAACCCAUUUUUGGACUCGCAUCUCCCUGUUCAUUCAAAAGCAAUUUGUAGCAGUCUUUUCCAUUUACACCCGCCCACGGAGACACCCCACGCCAAUGAAAAAACACUCUAUGUGGGCCAGGACAAUUAUCCAGCCCUCUAUUAGGGACCUUAAUUACUUGUGCUGCAUGUAUGUGACUCGAGCACAUGUUAACUUUCAGGCCUGUAAACAUACAUGUGCAUAUAAUCAUAAAAAGACGUGUCGGGUAGGACUAUGUUGUGUUUGUGUGUGUGUCUGUGUGUGUGUGUGUGUGUGUGUGUGUAAGAGGCAGUUGAUGAUACACAUAGAGGGAGGGAACUAUUGGUGCGAUUUGUAAUUACAGAAAUUAACUAUAUAACGAGGACAGUGUAAUUAUAAAGCCAGUCUAAUUGCUACUAUUACUGAGGGGAAACGAUGCAGCUACAAUUAGAGGUGUGUGUUUGUGUGUCUGGUGUGUGUGUUCGUGCCAGCUCCUGUCCAAUUUGAGGAAAUGUGAGCAAAAAAAAGAAAAAAAAAACAGUCAUGUCAAAGCCAUGUUGGUUUGUGACUGAUUUCAUUUAGCUUUAGCAAACGUGAAAACACACAUGCCUGAUCGGUCAUACAUUUUGAGGGUUAUAUCAACAGUGUGGCUGAACGUCAAUACUCAAAACCUUCUAGUUAAACUACACUAAUAUAAUGCUUAUGGGUCUAUUCAUUUGUCACGUUGCAAACGGCUCAUCCUUUUAAAACAGCUUUAAAAUUUUGAUUUGCGUUGACUGAAAUGUUUUUACAGGGGGAUGGGGGUUCAGUUUUGUUUACAUCCAGGUAUCAGAGCAUUACGGCGUCAUGAUUGUGGACACUUACUUUGCUAUGGUGGCAGGUGUUUGAUCAGUAGUUUGGACUCCAUAAUUGAGCUUCUCCAAUAAUUAUAAUAAUAAGAUUAAAACAUUUUUCAACCAACUACUCACACCGAUAAAAUGGUUAAAACUGAUCACAGCUUGAAUUUGCUAGUCUAUAACAAACUAAACAAUAUGAAAACUGUCAGAACAGCAGGGUGAACAGAAGUCCAAAUUUAGAGCGCUAUUCUUCAGUUUUAGUCUCAAAUUUCAAGGCACAAAAAAUAGAGCUGUUGUUGUUAAGAAUUGACAGACUCCAGUUUGGUUGAUCCCAGAAAGAGCUCGGCUUUGUCUGUAUUCGUGAAGUUUUGGGAAAGGCUGAUGAAAUAACCUCAACUUGAGUUUUGUAAUCGCUUUUUACAUGUAUUGCACAUGCGCCAUAAAUCCAAGACGACAGGCAACUGGUUUGUUUCAGGCUUAUUUUCAUGUUUACAAGCAAACCUGCCCUUACUUCAUCAUUACACUGCGGCUAAUGUUACACUCACUAGUUUUUAAUUCACCACUGCGUGCACAAUUUCAUUCCUGACGGUUUACAAGAAGACACUCAAUGGAAAUACGUACAACGUUUCUCUACAUUGUUUGAUAUGUCGGACUGACGAGCACUAUUUCCACCUAAUGCUCUUAAAUGCUUAAAUGGGCGAUGUCAACCAUUUCUGCAUUGUUUUAGGGACAUAGACAAAGUCAUUUAUAUAAUAAAACAAAUUUCCUUAAGUUCAAUUUUUUUCGAUAACAUCUCACUGUAAAAUACAAGCAUGCACAAUACCAGCAUCCUUAAAGCACCCUUUUGUAUUCUAAUUGCAACACAACACAGCAGAGGGACACACAGUAGAAACUUCUACAACAACUUUAAAAAGAUUUAAGCUCAAUACCUUUACAAGUUUAAGUCUCUCUCCAUUUUAUGUCAGGACCUUAAACCAAAAAUAUUCAUCUCAGAGAGCCAACAUUGUAUAAAACAUUCAUAGUAAGCCUUUUUUUCCAUAGGAAUUGAUCAGAAAAAAUACAUUAUCAUGGCUGAAUCCACAGGGAUCCAUCGAUAUCUAAUCAGGCAUGCAGCACUGCACAAUCUGAAUGUCUGAGUGAUAUCCGUACACGCUCAAACACAAUCACACACUCCUGGCCUUGACUGAGCUCCACAUGUACUGAAUUGUGUUGAUUUUUCUUGGCCUUGGUGGAAAAUACCCGCUGUUAAGAAAAGUAUGUGUGCAGGUAGCCUUGCUGUCCAGCGCAUGAACUGAAAACGCAGCAGAGAGACAAAUGUGCGGGGCGCUGCUUACACCACAAUAAGACGCUCGGUACAAAUGUGGACCAGCGCUGUAAAUAUAUAGAAUCCUGCUGCAGCCACGCGAAGGUCACGGAAAAUUGUGAGGCACUUAAAAGCACAAUGAAUGGCUGCUUGUUCCACCUGCAAACAUUCUCAGAGUCUGAAUUAUCUCGGGCAUUUCUUCCACUGAUAUCUGAAGUAAUUUAUUAAAUGUUUGGAGAUUUCUACAAGCGGGUCACACUGUCUCAACGGGGCCAAGGCUGAAAAUGCGAUGCUAAUUCGGACAUCAGUUUGAACAAGUCUACCCACAAUGCAUUGGCAGGGUUUUUAAGUGUGAUGCAUGACUUUAAUUCCGUUAGUGGAAUGUGGUCAGAGAUCCAGCUGAAAAGGAGAGGAGGAUGAAGAGGAGGGGAGGAGACUGAUGUAAUAGGAAUAAAGAGGAGAGGAAGAAGAGGAGUGUGAAGAGGAGGAGGAGGAGGGCUGUUGCAUUCCUCCACUCUCUCCCUCUUGUCCGAGUUUUUUUUUUUUUUUUUUUGGGGGGGGACGGGCAAGGGCCAGAGGAGAGAGGAGAGGAAGGUGGAGGAUGGAGGAACAGAGAGGAGAGGGAUGUAAGGGAGGAAAGGGGAGGGGCCGGUGUGGCUUUUGUCUGCUUCCCACGUUUCAAAGCCAGUCUUGAAAAAUGAAUAGACAGAGGAAAAUCAAUUGCAUGACCUUCACAGAGAGAGAGAGAGAAAGAGAGAGCAGGAGAAGGGAGAGACAGAUUAUGGAAGGAGGGGACGAACGGAAAAGGAAAAGGCUUAAGGAAGGGAAAGUAAAAUGACCCAUGAUGUUCAUUCCCAUUCAGAGUGUAUUUGUACUUAUUUGCAAAGCACAUAAAAGGACUCAACCCUUUUAUUUAAAGUAAUUCGUAUUUUAGAAAACUAUAUCGAGUAGAUUUUGCUUGAGUUUAUCAUUUUUUUCUAUUCCCCUCCCUCAUAUUGGGUUAUUCCGUCGUAUUUUUACAAAGCCUGUUGGCUGACUGCUGAGCUCAUUGAGCAGUGCAAACAUCGCUUACCAAUUUAUCCAAACCAUUUGAUUUGGAGUUAAAAUGUAUGAAAUGCACAUAGUCCACAAAGACGUCAGCAAUCUCUGAACCCUGCCGCCAAAAUGUCCCCUCAGGGUAUAGAUACAAACUUUUCAGGAAUCUCAUUGUUGACUGUUUUUUGGCGUCAAACAAUCUCCAACCUUAACAAUGUUUGCCUUUUGGAUGAUGUUCUGAUUUCAGGGUGAAAUCUAAUUUACUUUUACAACAGAGUGUUCAGAUCUGUGACUCAGGCUGAAAUAUGUUUUGUUAACAGCACUUGUAUGAAGACUUCUGUUCAUAAAGAUAAGUAAAUCAGUGCCAGACUACCUCUAAUGGGAGCCAGGCUGUCAUUACUGCAGUGAGUGUACCACCUGCUUUCCCCCUCCACGCGCUCUGUUUUCCCUGCAGACAUUAAAGCCCGCUCAAUGUGAUUGGUCGAUACUGCUUGGACUACAAACAUACUACAAACACAAAAUCAGACCUCUGAAUGCAGAAUCCACAUUUUUAUGUGCUCUGUGUAAAAACAGAUAAAGAUGUCAGUCAUCCUUGACAGUGAGGUACACACAACUUGACACUUAAAACACCCACAAUCCCUUUUGUUCCAUAAUUUAAAGCUUUUUAAUAGUUUUUAAGGGGUGCAGAUAGCCUAGCUGUUCAGGCACAUCUGUAUCCACUGUUCAUUUGUCAAUAACAGCCAUAAAAGUUCUCAACUGCAUUGAAAAAAAUCUUGCUUUAUUUAGUUGCUACACAAUUUUUAAGCCAACUGUUACAAAAUUAAGAUUCAAGGAUUCAAGGAACUUAAUUUGUCAUACCCCACACCUUUGACAGUCUGUGGUACGGAUUUAGUACCCAGGUCCGUUUCCAAGCCAAGAAUAAAAUACAGUACAAUGAAUAAAAAUAUAAUACGAUAGAUAAAAUACAAUAACAAAGAGCAAAAUGUAAACAAAUUUAAGUGAGGCUGAAAUUAGCCCUGUUGCACUAAAAUUCCCGUAUGAAAGCAGCACCUUUGUUUGUAAAGUGAUGUAGUGCAGGUUCGGUCAAUGGAUGGGAAAUGGGGUUCGGGGGAGGGUGUUAAAAAAACUUCAACUAACUUUAAUUCAUACCGUUAAAUUACUUUUAUUUGUUCAUGUUGAUUUCCAAUAUAAGCAAACAUGUAAGUUCGGCUUUUCUCUAUUUCAGUAUAGUGUGAUUAUAUUAUCCAUGACACUGAAAAGCUUCAUGAGUAUUAAAGUCUUUUCACAGAAUGUUAACUCUAGAAAAAUAAAACCUUUUUUCCAAAAACAACAACAUAGAAAUUAAACAGUUUGGGAAUUUUGUAAGUCUGUGUUAUCGUAGAGUACAUCUUGUUGAAAUUUCCCAGCAGCUGUAAUCCUCUGAAUGCAGAUAUAUCACCACUCAACCUUUAACAGGUGCAACACAGCAGCUGGAGAUCCCCCAGUAUUUUACAAGGUACAGUACAAUGACAACUCAGUGGCAGCAACAGGGCCAGCUGAAGUGUUUUACUGUCUCUGUUAGUGAGGUCAAACACACCUCUAUCCUCCCCAGCCGUGGUGACAUUGACUUUCAUUCCCUCUCCCUCUCUCUUACCCUCCCGUCUCCUUUCUUUCAUUGCCUCUGUCUCCCUCACCCUUGCCUCCCCUCUUCUCUCUUUCCUUUUCUGCGUCUGCCUCCCCUCUAAUUCACAGCGUUUAAAGCAGCCGGGGCUUUUAAGGCAAGUUAAUUGCACUCAAAUUAUGUUCGACCGCGAAAGGAGCGAGGGAGGAGAAACAGGGAGAUAGAGGAGAGAUAGAAGGAGAGAGGGAUGGAUGUCAGAGUGAGAAGAUAAUUGCGACAGAGAGGGACGCCACGAUUAGGGUCACUCUUUCUCUCUGUCUGUCGAACAGCCAAACGUCACAUUUGGAUGCGAGUAAACAACUUGGCAGGUGAUCAGGCUCUUGUUUUGAAAGGAUGAGAGUAUAGCAGCCGAGAGAAAAAUGGAAGAGAAGACAGAGAAAGAGAGGGAUUAAGGUGGACACUGUGGGGGGUUGAAAGAGUGACCAUGUGUGUGUGUGCGUGCAUGGUCGUGUGUAUGUAAGAGGGAGGAUAUGUGGGAGUGUGUGUGUGUCUGUGCAGCCAUAACUCAUGGACUUAACUGGGAGUAAAUUAUGUAUUAGACAGAGCUAUAAUGAAAAUCAUUCAAAUGAAAUUUCUAUCUUUUCUCCUGGUGGAGCGCAGGGGGAGACCCCGAGAAUUGACCUGCGAGUCAGACUAUAAUUAACGUGUCCGAUCGUGCCCAGUUCCAGUCUGUCUCCUAUUCCCACAAUGAAAUUACACCUCAGACAGAGUCCUGGGGAGCUAAUGAAACAGGAGUGUGACAGAGACAUGUGAUCAAAGGACUCAGGUACACACGGAGACCUGCAUCCACAACAAAAUAUGAACGGUUUACACAAGCAAACAUCACAGCGACGACAGAAGGAUGAGAGUAAAGUCAAAAAAAGCCAUGUUUACAAGAUAAUUACAGCUUAUUACAACCUAAUUUUUCUCCUCCUUUUUCAAUGACUUACAACAAACAACACUAACAAAUUAAAGUCAGACAGGGUAGGGAAUGAGUCAUCAGUUUAGCCUAGAUACCUGAAAGAGCUUUUUAUGAGUAAAACUGAAUGUUAAUGCGCCAAAUGUGUAAUUGUCAUCAGCAAGCAAGAGAGAGCUAGUUCAGGCAUGAGACUUGAGGUGCUCUGAUUUCACAUCAGACGCGAUUAUUCCCACAACCAAUUUACAAACAAACCGCACCAAUAAGAGAGUUAUUUAAAGGGAUAUUCUGGCGUAAAAUUAAUUUGAGGUCAAACACACCGUAACACCGAAUUAGACACCCCUGAGAUGAAUGUUGCUGACCGCUUGCUUCUCUAGUUAUACCAACUUUAGUGAUAACUGCACGAUAGCAAUAUACAGCGGUCUAAGGAAUCAUAUACAAACCUCAACCAAAACGCCACUCUAUCACCACAAAUAAUGCUCAGAACAGCACCUAACUUCAUCAACAGUACAUAUAGGGUCCCAGCCACAGCACUAGCCACCAAACAUCUUUUUAACUUUGCCUAAUUUCUUUAGCAAAGAGACUAAACAAAACUCACCUACUCUUUUCCAGCAGCCGCUUGUUUGCGAGACCUUGACCAGUCCAUUAUCGACUAAGGCGGGGCAUGAUCAUAAAUGUUCUUCCUUGAGCUGCGUCCCCCCGCCUCAGUGGAUAAUGGACUGGUCGAGGCCUUGCUGCAAACAAGCGGCUGCUGGAAGAGGGUAGGUGAGUUGUGUUGGUGGCUAGUGCUGUGGCUGGGACCCUAUAUGUACUGUUGAUGAAGUUAGGUGCUGUUCUGAGCAUUAUUUAUGGUGAUAGAGUGGCGUUUUGGUUGAGGUUUGUAUAUGAUUCCUUAGACCGCUGUGUAUUGCUAUCAUGCGGUCGUUACUAAAUUUGGUAUAACUAGAGAAGCAAGCGGUCAGCAACAUUCAUCUCUCGACAGGGUCUCUAAUUCGGUAUUAUCGUGUGUUUGACCCUAAAUUAAUUUUACGUCGGUAUUUCCCUUUAAGUUUGAAGACUUACAGUCACCCCCUCUUCUCUUCCACGGUCCAUCACCUGUGCUGUGCUUCAACUUUCAGCUCCACCACCACCCCAGCAUCAACCUAGAGGGUACCAUCCAGAGGGGUUUAAGAUAUAAUCUUUCCCCGCCUCAAAUUACUGAGUGUAAAAUGACUCUUCCGGGAGCGUUGAGGUCAGAGCCUGGACGCAAGGCACGAACAACAUCCACCGCUAUAAUAAAGGCGCAGCAAUAGGUACAAAAUUUAUCCUUAGAGCCUUUUAUAACUGAACAACGAAAUCUUAAAAUCAAUCCGAGGAUGAUUUAGUGAGGAGAGAGAGAGAGGCGCGUGAUGUGUGAUGUGGUCCUUCUUUUUCUUUCUACUCAAUCAUAUUUUAUGCUUGCUACAGGCGCUGGACAGAUGACUGGAUAAAUAAAUUACUGCUCCAGACGCGAGGUGUUCCUAAAACUUGUAGCACAGGAAGAUAUGCCUUUACCUUAGCUGUUAGUCUCACCUGGAAGAUGUUGAAAUCUGCUUUUCAUCAGCUAAGCAACAGGCCCUAAGGUUGGCAUAUAUAGAGGAAAUAGGAUGAGGCCCAGAACAGACCCUUGAGGGAUGCCAUAGGUAGAAGGAGUCAUCACUAAGGUAGACAGAGAAACUUCUAUCUGUCAGGUAGGAAUGAAACCACCUGAGAGCCACAGCUUUAACUCUUUUCAAACAUGUCAGGAAGAUCAUGUUUCUAGUCUUUUCUGACUCAGUUAUCAUGAAAUUCAAGUUUGCUUUUAAGACAAGAUUUAUUUUUAGCUCCCGUCUAAUAAAAGAAAGGAAAACAAGAUAAAGAAAUUAUAAUAUUAAAGAACACAAACAGAAUAAUGCAGUCCUUCCUCCUCUCCACACACACACACACACUCUCACACACACAUAUAGGAAUAGGGGUUCACAGCAGCACUACAGAAGGAUCUUUGUUCUGAGGGUGAGAUACCAACACCGCUCUGAGACUCUCUCUCUCCUCACAUGUGCGCACACUCGUGCAUGCAUUCACACAAACACACACACGCACACACACCAGGUCCAGUGUUUUGGUUUCCUGGCUGCCCUAUUGUACCCUGGCAGUCUUUAAUAAAUGGUCCUCUGUGUAUUUGUGAGUGAGUGAGUGUGUGUGUGUAUGUGUGUGUGUGUUUGUGUGUGUGUGUGUGUAGACUCAUCCGUCAGCCCUCCUGGCCUCAUGUCACAUCCAGCGUUUCCUUCGCCGCGCUGACACUACUCAGCAGUACUGAUCGCCAACUAUCACCUGCACUCCUCCAGGGGAUGAAGGCGCACACUCAUACGCGCACUCACACACAUAUACACACUCAAUAUCCAGUACUUCUGUGUGAUUGUGUGUGUGUGUGUGUGCUCUCAUAUGUUCAUGAUGGGGGGUUGCUUUCUCCAGACUCCCCAGCGCUGCAGCUCCAUUGCAGCCCUAUGAGGAAGCCUGAUAGGCGGGCAGAGAGCGAGAGGGGCUCCCCAUCCCCCCCCUCUCUGUAGGCAGAGACUGGCUGGGCUGAAGGGUCCCAGCACCAGACCCUCUUUCACAACCCUGAAUGGACUCGCCUUAUUUAUAUUCACACUCUGUCACACAGGGGGACCCCAAUCUCACAAUGCCACUGUGGCUUUGUCCGGCAACUCUGUAUUUAUGUGUGUGUGAGUGAGUGUGUGUGUGUAUAAUUAUGUGAGUUUGUGUGUGUGUGUAUGUGUGCGCCAGAGUGUGUUUGUGUUGUUUAACACAAACACACUGGUAGUGUGUGCAUGAGAAUUCAUUGCUGUGUGUAUAUCUGAAGUAAGAGUGUGUGUAUGUAUGCGUGUCUAUAGCUCUAAUGGAAUGCCUCCCUUUCCUAUUCACCAACAUCACAAGCAGGCAGCUGGGCAAUAUAUCCGUGUGUGUGUGUGUGUGUGUGUGUGUGUGUGUGUGUGUGUGUGUGUGUGUGUGUGUGUGUGUGUGUGUGUGUGUGUGUGUGUGUGUGUGUGUGUGUGUGUGUGUGUGUGUGUGUGUGUGUUCCAAGCCUCCCCCUGUGUUCAGUUGUAACCCAGAGCAGCGCUUUCAUUUUCCUGUCAUAACGUGUAUUGAUUUCCCUCAGCCUUGCAGCGACACUCACACACAUACACACACAAACACACAUACACACACACAGAUAUCCGAUGAUCCUAAAAGUCACACACACACUCACACACACAUUCAUAUGCUCUUAAAGACACACUUACACACACAUAGUUUGUCUCUGUCGGAUAAGGAACAUGGUGUUCAAAAAGCAGCCCCUGUUGGUGUGAGAUUAGUUCUCACGUAUGCUCCGCACUUUAACAAUCACACACACGCAGGUGUGCGCACACACACACAACGCCGUCGCACACUCUUUUUGACAUAAAACAGUAAAUACGGCUGAUUGCUAAAUUAAUCUUGCACGUCAGCGAAGCCCCUCAUGGCCUGCGCUUGCUCGGGAGAAAGUGAUCACGCUCGCCUUCCUCAGUGUUUUCUCAUUUUCCCGUCGUACCCUCUCUGCUCCUCUCGUACCUAUCUUCACCCUCCACCCUCCUCCACCACCCCCCUCCCCUUACCUAACCACCUCCAACUCUAUUUGUAUUGUAAUUGCCUUGGUAAACAGCACCACUUUGGCACUGAAGCAGCUCUGAUAGCUUGUGUUUGGGAUGCACUGAGGGUGGCGAUGCAGACACCAUGAGUGUGUGUUUGCAUGUAAGUGUGUUUGCGUGUCUGGCAGCAAUUCAGCGCUUUGCAUCACAUAAACCUCUCUUCACACACACACACAACACACUCACAUACACAUGCACACGCCUUAUGCCUUAUGCUCAGUUUUUGCCACAAAACAUUUCAGUCGAUUCUGCUGUUUGUCAGACAUGAUUGGUUCUAGUCUGACUUUUUAUUUCAGUGAAGAUUUAUUGAGGUUUCAGAAACGCGGCUACAUCAGAAACUGCUCGGCUGAACAAGGGCUCAUAUUUGGAGAUUUUUUAUGAAGUACUUGUAUGAGAAUAAGAUCUGAUACUUCACUUUAUUAGUAUAAACUUCUUGGACCAAACAAAGAUAAGAUAAAGUUACAAACACAACUUUUGUUGCAGUUGUGGUUCUUGAUAUAGUAAGUCUACGAUCAGCUUUGCUUACAGUUUAACUGGCAGGUUUUGUAUGUGCAUUUUCUUUUUGUUUGUUUUGACAAAAAUCAAAUGAAAACUUAUCCUGCUGCACAUGUUUUAGGUUUUAAAAUACUUUGAAAGAGGUCAACAGUCUUUAGGUAACGCCUUAUUUGCUUUUGAAGGUCAUAGGCGUCAAUUUUAGUUUCAGCCUGUUUCAAAACAUCUAAAAACCUUUUCUUACAGGAAAUCAGGGUUUUCAGAAGAAUCAUUUUCACAAUUAAAAGACUAUAUUCUUUUAAUGCUGACAAUUUCCCACCAUUUCUGUCAGUUCAAAUAGAAAGAUAUUUACAAUCUGAGCAACUUUUCUUGCAGAGAGCAAGAUGGCGGACAGUUAGACGUGAGAGCAACAAAACUUGAGGGUUUUGAGGCGUGAUUCUGCCAUUGUUGAUUUCUAUUUGAAUCCUUUAGAUUUAUCUUGGUUUAUAUUGUUAAUAAUCUGUCAUAACCACUCUUAAAACUUUGGACAUUUGUGAAACUCACUUGCAAAGACAACAAGACAAGAUUUUGUUGGAAUCUGAAUUUGCUGCUGUCAGUUUAGAGAAGCAUAUCAGGUGGGGAUCCAGGCAAGACGAACCCCACUUUGGGUGCGACCAGGCCAGAAGAGUUUAGGUUUUUGUCCUGCUUCUGAAUCUGUAAGUUCUUAGUCAGUGCCUCAUGUCUGUCUGUCUCCUCUCUCUCUCUUUCUUUGCAGUAAGACGAUCAUCUCACUCUCUGGCCACUGACAUGUUUGAGCAGCACCUUGGAGCGCACCUUCUGCAGGUAACAUUCACAGCACCCGCACCUCUCCUCUCUUAAUUCUGAUGAUUUCAUGUAUGAUUUGAACAGAAGAUGUUUUAUGUCGCUGAGUUUGUCCAAGAAAUCUAUCGUCAUUGUCCUGAGGGAGAAACAAACUCUUCAGGAGCAAAAAAAAGAGAAAAAACUGCCUCUUAGUCAGCUUUUUGGCAACACGUUUUCAUGUAGUCUAAUGGAUUUUCAAACGGUUUUAUUCAGCUUGAGAAGAGGGAGCUUUUCUCAGCCUAUAAUCCCUCUGUUUAUUAAAAAAAGUUUAAAACUACAUCUGUUUUUCCUUUAGAGAGCUCUGCUUCCAUGCCUUUGUUCAGAGAAACUUUAAUUUCAGAAAAGAUGACAAGUUUUGUCAAGUUUUUCUCUGACAGGCUAACAUAAGUGACUGUGUUGUAUUACAGUGUGUCUGCGCUGGGCAGAUCACAGCCCGACUCUUCCUCCCUCGGUCUAUCAGAGUUAGAUUUCCAAGCAAACCCCGUGGAGCAAAGGCACAGGCGCUCACAUUCACACACACGGACUCCCGCACGUCUCAUGAACCUCAGACGCUCGGACGAUAACACUGGCUGCCAAAGAAUGCCUCCCUGUUGCACUGACAGAUGAAUGGAGCCUGAGGGGGUUUCUGGGGCAGGAGGGCUGGGGGGGGAUGACGAAAUGCAGGAUGUGGAGACAAAGACUCAGAGGAAGUGCGGGGAAGGUAACAGUGCAGGUUUUAAUUUUGAGGAGGAGAAGAGGCACACUAAAAAGAAAACCAAAGAGGAAACAGUCGGUCUUUGUCUCAUAUGAAACUUUGAUUGUAUUACUGAUGAAAAGCACAACACAAAUGAUACUGAUCUAAUUAGAUAUCAAGUAGGAGCAGGAACAGGUGGAAACAGAAACAAAAAAGAAGAGGGAAUAAAGAUUAGAGUUGAACAGGUUGCGGUGAAACAAAGAAACGUCACAUAUGUCUGCUUUCUGCCGGCGUUUUAAAGAGGAAGGGAGUCUUAGGGAACGGCGCUGAUAGAAAUCAAAUUAACGCUCCAGAAAAACUGUAUGAUUCUUCCCUCCCAGCCGUCCUCCCGCUGUAAUAGCUUGAUAAUUGCACUUUAGUUCUCCGACAUUCAGGCGGCUGGUUUUCUCCUCGCCGCGACACACGACGCCCCGCACCCCGGCCACACAUUUGCAUACUGGAUGUGUCAGUUGCAUAAAUUACCACUGCCACUUUAAACGCAGGGCCGCCAAAAUAGCAAUCAUUCUUCUAGAGCAAAGUGGCCCCGGUCUGUGUGUGUCUGUGUGUGUGUGUAUGUGUGUCUGUGUGUGUGAGUCUUGUUAUGACGAUUAGUAUUAUUCUCUGAAGCAGUCCUCUCUAAUGGUCUGGCUGUAUACCUUUCACUUCUCAUUAGAAUCACUACAAACUGUAAUGACUCUGGUUCUGUCUGUGUCUGUGUCUGUACCCAUGUCUGUGUGUGUGUUUGUUGUGUGUGUGAGUGUGUGUGAGUGUGAAGCCGCAGAUCCAGGCUGUAGUUUGGAGUUUUAUCACAGUGGAUCCAAACAGCUCUGCUCUUUAAAAUCACUUUCUCAUGUCUCCCUGCUCAAUUUGUUUGUGUACCGUUUGUGUGUUUGGAUUUUUUUUUUUGGGUAGAUUUUUGUGCCUCUUCUUAAGUGUGUGUGUGUGUUUGUGUGUACAUGUGUGUUUUGUGUGUGUGAAUUGAGACAAGGGGCCGAAGGGUGACGGGUUGUUUGUUCUCCAGCUCAUUGUAAUUUGUUCGAUACACACUAAUUGCUCUAAUUUGUUUGUCUGUCUUGUUUCUGUUUGCUUUUAUGUGUGUGUGUGUGUGUGUGUGUGUGUGUGUGUGUGUGUGUGUGCGUGGGGGGUGAUGUGUGUGUGUGUGUUUUUUUUCUUUUAUGCGCACAGUCUCUGGAUGGCUUUGUGUUUGUGGUCAGCCAUGAGGGACGCUUCCUCUACAUCUCAGAGACGGUUUCUAUCUACCUGGGACUCUCACAGGUAUGACCACCUCAUCGCCAACACACACACAAAUGCACACAAACACACGCACACCUGAAGUCUUUGUAUACAAGUGCAUCUGCACACAUGCGCCUCUCUUCUGCUUACACUUUCAUAUCCCUUCCCUGGAGUGUGUGUGUGUUUGUGUGUGUAUGUGUGUGUGAGUGUGAAUAUCUUUGACUGCACUCUUCGCGCUCAUCUCUGGAGUGCGACUCUCUCGGGAGCCGUGGCGCUCCGGCUCUACCUCGCUCUCCCGCCCUCCCUCUCUCUCCAGGUGCUCACCUCUGUUGAUUGCCUGUGGCCUCUUGUACUGUGAAUGUUAAGUCCUGCCAUUUUGCCCAGAUGCAUAAAUAAUAACAGUAAUUACUGGCCCAGCAAUCAAAGUGUCGCCCCAGCGCGCUGGGCCUGUCUAGGGGAACAAAUCGAUAGGCAUCUUAAAAGCCACAUUGAUUGUAGGGAGGGGGAAAAACACCAAGGGGGAUGGGAAGAUAGAUAGAGACAGCCGGGGAGAGAAAGAGAGGGGGAGGAAAGGAGGAGAGGUGUGAUAAGAGAGAGAUGUUUCCAAGUAAGAGGAAUCGGUAGAGCAUUACUUAGGGUUACAAUAACAGAAGAAAUGGAGUGUUUCUGUAUGUGGAAAUUUUGCAGUGAUUAACGCCCUGCCCUCGGUGACUUUGAAUGAAAUGGAGGAUAAAGGCCAAGGAGGAAAAACUUUCAGAUGGGACUGGCUCGUGUUGUGUUAAAGUUGUUGUUUCUUUUUUUUUUAAAGUUAAAGAGUGAACAUUUCUUUUACCCAGCUAAUGAAUGAGUGGGGGUUUGACCAAUUAUGGAGGUUAUCUGAGACAUAUUUGCUGGUGUUUUUGACAUAUUUCAGUUCAGUUAAAGUCAAAAAGUGUGAGUUCCCUGAGAGGGGGGACUUCGGUGUGGUCAAAGUGGCAAAAAAUCGAUUUAUUACCUUUGUCCGACUGAAACUGGACUUUUAAAAACAUGUAAACACAUUAGUCCAGAAUUCUCAGAGUCAAACAAACAUACUUUGAUAAUGUGGUUGGGGAAUCGAUCCUCUCAUCCACAUACGGCUCAAUCGGACUGAAACUGGCCACAGCGUUCUUCGCAUGCUCAGGUCUUCACACAGCAAAACCUUGACAGAUGAAGACUAGCUAAAAGGAGGCAUGUCUCCACCUACCAUACAGAGGUGGACACAUGUCUGUCAACAAUUUGAGUUUUGGGACAAGGACAGAAGUCCAGUUGAAUCGCCUAGUCCAUCUUUAACUAUACUUUGACUUAACUGUUCAUGUUAACGUACGAGUGUGUCGCACCUGUUACUACACCAAACAUUGAUGCCAUGAUGAUCAAACAAACCUUGUUGAACAUCUGGACAUCACUGCUGCAAAGUGAUCAGAAAACAAGUAGAUUUGUUUGGUAGCAGUGCCAGUAUGGAGAGGAUGGUGGUUCAUAACUCAAAAAGGACAACUUGAAGUUCGUGUUUUCCAAAUACUGUGAAAUGACGAUGCACAAAUAUACGCUCAUGCCUAAAACUUUAAACGUAUGAGGGCAAAAAAUUUAAAGAUAACCAGCCAAAACAGAAGAAUAGAGGGUUUGAAUCUAGAAAACAGAAGAAAACGGAACAAACAGAGAGACAGAGAAACACAUAACAACCCAGACAGACAAUUUCAAGAGCGAAAGAAAACAAGGGAGAGGAAUGAAGGAGAGAAAGAGAGACAGUGGUACAGAGCAGCGAGAGAGUCUGAGAGUGUAAAUAGAGUUUAAAUGUGCAGUAGGAAUGAAAUUCGCCUUGGGAUUGCCUAGGUAAACAAGACAGCCGAGGCUUUGGUGGAGAUGCUAAUAAAACAGAGCUGUUCUUAUCAGCUGAGCAGAUGGCCUAACCCAUCACAUCUUCUCAAACAGGGCCGCAGCCAUCAGCAUUCUAAUGAAAUUAUUUAUGAUCGAAGAUUACGCCCAAAACCUUGAACAUACAACGCCACGUUUACCUUCCUGAAAAGAUGAGAGCGAGGGGGGAUGACGGGGUUUAUGAGGAGAAAGAGAGACAACCUGAAAGGGCAGACAGAGUCAGAAGAUGAGGAGUUGAGUCAGGAGGGUGUAUGUACGGAGGGUUUAUGGACAUAUAGGGCCAGAAAUCUGAAAAAAGAGUCAAACUCAAACAGUUACAGGACAAAUCGGUUUGAGUAAGUAUUUCACAUUGUACUCACAUAGAACUUAUUGUAAUGUGACAUGAUUAUUCAUUUUAUUUAUCCAGGUUAAAUUUAAGGUCUUAUUUACGAGAAGGAUCCAGUGAAAUGUAACAGCAAUACACACCUUUAAUGAUAAACUAGCAGGUGUAAAAGGUUGUUCAAAAUAGUCAGCUAAAAAAGGUCCACACAGGCAGCCUGAAGUCAAAAGAUUUCACUUUAAAUGAAGAUUCACAGUUGAAAAUCAGUCUGUUUUUUGUUUGAAAUUCAUUUCUGACUUUAAACACAACAACCUGCAACAAUAUCCACCACACGAAAAAAGGUUACUAAUUCAAUCCUCCAAGAUUUUCGACGUAUGGAAAAGUAGUACAAAUGAAAAGAUACUAGCAUGGCGCUCAAGUCAACAUUUUGAAUAUGAAACACAACUGUGAGUGAGAAACCCACAGUUUGUAACAAAUCCAGUUCAAGAGUCUUCACACUGACGGGCGGGUAAAAAAGUGGACUUCAUAAGUUUGAUGAAAGGAGAAGCAGGGCUUGUUUCCUGACGGAGUAAACAUGCUGCUGAAAAUGAAGAGCCUGAAAUAUUUAACUACCUAAAGUACAUUUUAUAAAACUUUAAUAAAUCUUGUCAUCAUAAUUGUUUUUUUAGUCUUUUUUCCCAUUUUAAUGAGUCAGUUCCUCCAACUUGAAGAAUUUUUAACCCUCUAAAUGCAAGUUUAUUCACACAAUUCCACUGAUAACUUUAUGGCUUAUACUCCAUAUUCUAAAUGUUAAAAAGGAUUUUUGUUGAUUGUUGUUGUUAAAAACAGUCUGGAUCAUGUCAGUGCUGAGCUGUAAAAACUAAUAUUAAUUGAUGCUGACGAACAGUAAUUGCUGUUGAUCCCAAUAAAUCACAUUUUUUAUAUCACCUCUAGAGUUUUGCAUUUAAAACGAGCCGGUCAAGACAAGCCAAAGUGAGAAUGUCCCUCAGACCCGAGUUGAUUGGCCUGCAAUAAUUUGCGAUCGAUUGGACUGCGGUCUGAGGCGUUUCAAACUGGCCCUACCUGAUAUUUGGGAUGCACCUAACACCGGCAAACUCAAUGUUGACGCAUUCAUUUAAAUUUUUUUUGUCAUGUCUGAUUUGAAAAAUAAAUCACAUUUGCCACCUUAAGGGACAAAAAGUUACAUACACAAAUAUUUCCUUAAGUCAAAAUUUCACCAGCUGUAUUUUAUCAACUCCAAAUAAUGAUAAACUUCUGUUUGUUUAUAUUUUAUUUUAAAAAACAGACAGAACAAAAUGUCAAAUUGCCUGUUAAAGCAGUCUGAAUAUUCAUUUUACACCUGUCACAUUCUCACACGGAUUAAAACCAAACACACACAAAAAGAGAGAGAGAGAGAGGGAGGGGAAGAGGUGGGAGGCAGAGGACAAAACACUUGGACUUGGUUUUCUGGCUAAGAGUGGAGGCAGUCACAGGGGAGAGAGGAAGGACAGACAAACAAACGAUGUUCGGAGCUAAAAGUGUAACUGGUGGUUUGUUUUAGAGGGCAUGUCGCCCCUGUGGACCGCCCCUGCCCUACCGUCUCCUGUCCCCCCCUCUCGUCUGACCCCACUGCCCCCAGCUUAUACCCUGGGCUGCUCCCCUGACAGGGGGGUUGCUUAGCCGGCUUAGCCCAGGUCAGGCACCUUGACCAAGGGCACAGCCCGCCGCCCACUCCCCUGGCGCCUCCAGGUAUCAUUUUUCUUCUCACCGGGUCUCGGGGCCGGAAGCACGGGGGGAUAAACCGGGGGAAGCCACAUAGAGGAUGAAAGGAUGGGGGGGGGGGGGGAGUAGAGGAGGCUGGAGAGGAAGAGGAGACAAAGGAGGAGAUGAAGAAUUGGAGGGAGGAGAGACGAAAAGGAUGGAGAAGUAAGAGCAGAGGCCGGGGUGGAGAGAGAAAAGGGACAAAUGGGGUAAAGAGAAGGGAGGAAGGAUGGUAGAUUAAGGGAGGAGAGAAUUGAUCUGGGAAUGGUUAGUAUGCAGCCCCCGCUCCCCCUCUCCCCCCUCCUCCCUCUCCCCCCUCCCAUCCUCACUCCUCCCAUCAGUCAGUGAGGGCUGAGGGCUGAGAGUGUGUUGUGGACCACUGCCCGGAUGCCUCAUACAUAUUAAAGCCCCCUGCUAUUAUUUAUAUCAUGUCUCUCCUUCCCCUGCUUGCUGCCCUCCUCCUCCCCCCCCCCAACCUCACCCAUCCCCACCAAACUGCCAUACAUACAUGCACGUGGUCUCCACACACACACACACAGGUUCACACAGAUGCACUGGCAGACAACUCCUCACACAAACAAUGACACACAAUGACGCGUGGAGACACAAAAACAGACAGUCUAGUCACAUACGCAGAGAAACAGAGGCGCGCCGUGUGCUUGCAUACACACACAUACGCACACACACACAUACACACUCACUCUCUGAGAGAUUUGAAUGAUCUGGAUCCCUCCUCACGUCUCCCCUCGCGCCACUUUCUAUACCUGUUUUUAUGUCUGAGCCUGACUCAUCCCCUCAAUCGCUCCGUCUCUUUCUCAUCUGCUCAUUUCUGUCUGAUCUUUUUUCAAUCCCUCCCCUCUGCCUGUGAUGGAGUGAUAUUAUUCGGAUAGGUCUUAAGCCCGCUAAAGCCUGUAAGGACCCGUUUGUCUCUCAACCUUGUUUUCCAAUACCACAGGGCCAGGGGAUUGUGUCUUUUUCAGAGGGGCCGGACCACUGUUCUGAGCAGAGGUACAUUCAGACUGUUUAAAAAAUGAAGAGGAGGAAUUCCCCACGCUGAAGAAUCACUUUUCAUAAAACAUAAAUUGAUCGAUAGGUAGAAAGAUAGAUGGAUAUAUAGAUAGAAAUGUGUUUUUAUACACUUUAUAUCAAAUGAAAAUAUGGGACUGCAGGUUUGGCAUAGCGGUUAAAUUUCACACUCCAUGUACAGAGACUGGCAUGUCCUUUGCCACAUACCAGUGCCCUCUCACUCUCUCUCUUCCCGGUCUCUUACCCUGUGAAUAAACGUUAAAAAUAGCCACUUUGAGCCUCUGAUCCCCAGGCAGCAAAAACGGUCCAUUUUGCAGAUUUUCAGUCACAGUGAAACUAAACUUUGCGAAUCUUUUUCUUCUCUACUGGUGCAAAUUUUCCCAGUUUUGGAUGUGACUGAAAUCUCCAAGAAAACAUACACUACGUCUGUAAUAAACAGACCUAGCUUGAACUAUUAUCACUCCCGUGUUAUAAACACAGUCAAAUCCUUAUUUUAGAUUCUAGUUCGGAUGAGUUGAACAGUCUGUGUUGUUGUGAUUGCUCGUCUGCUCUGGUGUGGACUUUAAGAGUUUAUCUGCACUGGAGUCGAAGUCUUCCACAGACUGCAUAAAUGUCGAGUUUGCCACCUUGAGGAGUAAACAAGGAUUAAAGUUUCAUCCCGGGUCAGGAGUGAUCAUACCCCCUGAAAGUAGAUGUCUGAUUAUACUUUUUUUAAGCUGAAGCUGAGCAGAAUUAGAUUUCAUUUUUAUUAAACAGGAAAAAGGGAAACUUUGGUAUAUGACUAUGAAGAAGUAAAUUCUUUAACUUGUCUUCAGUGUAUGAUAAUAAACUUAAAAGUCACAAUUAAUGUCAUUAAACUGCAUUUAGACAAGUUUUAAUAUAACUCAGGCUCUCUAUGUUUAGUGCUUGAAUUGAUGAGACCUUUUAAAAUUGAAUAUUUGGGUAUUUUAUAACUACAGCUGUUGUUGUUUUUUCUUUGAAAUCAUUCUCCAUUAAUUUUUUCGUCUUUAACCAUCCUAUCACUGUCAUAUAAAGAUUAACUGUGUGUCAAAUACAGUAAAAGAAACCAAAAGGCUCAUAAACAUCAGGAAGUUGUCGGGUUAAAACACAUAUUCUCUCAGUAAAUGUUGAAACUACAGUGUGUUUGGUCGAUUUUGAAUUACAGGGAGUGAAGCUGAAAAAAAAUGAACAAAAAAAAACAAAAAACAAGGGCAUCCCCGAAAAGAUUAAGCCGCUCCUGUUCCAGACUAAAAAACCCCUAUCCUCCCUCACUUUGUUGGGGCUCCCUCCAUUGUUUCCCCCUCAUCUUCCACCACUGUCAUUCCUCCGCUCCCACCUUCCCCGACUUUCCCACUACUUUGCUCUCCCCCGGCUGUGAUGUCCUUGAGGGCCUGCUGAAGCUCCCAUAAAGCCCGCAGUAAAUGGCUCUAAUCCGGUAAUAAAUGGCCGUGUCCUACAGACAAGGGUGUGAGGCUGCUGCAGCCACGGCUUUAUCAGAUGGAAUGGUAUUGGCACACACACACACACAUGCGCACACACACAUUCACAGAUGUAAUAGAAGCUGCAUACAUGUGUGUGUCAGCCCUCUCUCUCCCUCAUUUAUACAGCUUCAGAUGGAAUCACAUCUGCUCCGAUUGUGCUGCUUUUAUGGAUGCCGUGCAUGAGCAGCGCGACGAUUACCUUUAAAUGAUUAGAAAUGCGACUAUGAUGCAUUAUGAUGAUAGGAUCAUAUAGAGCCGUAUGAGCUGUUGCAUUGCUCUUUAUGCCUGCUGGGAUGGACUGUAACUGAAUGAAGGAGCGGGGAGGGAAGAGGGGAAGAAGAAGAAUAGUAAUGUGACCUUUGGAGAUACUUGGAGUUCACCUGUUUUUAAUCAGCAAAUACAAUUGAUUUUUAUCUGCCCUGGUUUUAUUUGUGUAAUACUGUAGUCACUUGCUCCUCUGAGACAGGACUUUAAUGUAUGUGAAUCUCUGUGUGUGUCUGUGUGUGUGUGUGUGUGUGUGUGUGUGGGAAUGUCUUACAACCUCCACUCUCCUUGUUGAGUUGUAACCCUGAGCAGGGCUUUCAUUUUCCUGUCAUAACGUAUAUUGAUUUUUUUUCCAUGUGUGUGUGUGUGUUUGUGCUCCAAGCUUCUGUUUUUUGAUCAGCGAGUGUGUUUCUCUUCAGGUGGAGCUGACUGGCAGCAGUGUGUUCGACUACAUCCACCCCGCAGACCACGUGGAGAUGGCCGAGCGGCUGGGGAUCAAGCCACACUUGAGGGCGGAGGCCGGCUGUCACACGGCCCCCGAGAGUGCCUCCAGCUCUGCGUCAACCUCCUCCCUGGCCGGUACACCUGAACCUGGUACUGAAUAUACCACCAACUAAAGACAGAAGAAUAAAAAAUCAGGACACUAGGAUAACAAAGUCUAAGCGUGUGUGUUCUCUCUCUCUUUUUUCAGCUCCAUCAAGUCCUCAUUCCCCUGCUGAUGACCCUCCAGACCGCGGCUUCUUCAUCCGCAUGAAGUCCACUCUCACCAAAAGAGGCCUGCACGUCAAGUCUUCUGGAUACAAGGUACAAAUGUCAGGAGAAAUAACUUACCCUGAUCUGAAAACAGGCCUUGUAGUGCACUCCUAUUUACCUGCCUGUUCUUGAUGCGGUGAAAUAACAAGCAGACCUCUGUCAUUUUGUUUUGCGCCGCCUGAGUUUCAUAGCACUGUCAAGUCGGUCGUUUUCAGGUUGUUUUAUGGCUCUGACCUUAUUUCACACUGGACUGCCGCACAUCACAGUUUACUGCACUGACUGCUCUAAUACCUGCUGCUGCUUUCUCUUGCUCUGCACCCAGCUUUGUAUCGUGUUUAUUAAACUUUCAUUGAUUGAUGUUUUAUUCUCGGUUACGUUUGUUGUUCCUGUUAUUUUCUACUUCCGCAGAUCAUUUUCCUCUAGAUGAAGUCUUGUUGUUUUCUGUUUUGUUGGUCAGGUGAUCCAUGUGACGGGACGAAUCCGCUGCCGCCCCGCGCUCGUGCCGGGCUCCACACGCUCUGUACGUCGACCGAUGGGUUUGGUCGCGCUUGCUCACACACUCCCGCCCUCCACUCUUAAUGAAGUCCGCAUGGAAAGCCAAAUGUUUGUCUUCAGAGUGAACAUGGACCUACAGGUUACAUACUGUGAAAACAGGUAAGAACUGUCCAGUUGUUGAAUCCACACACAAAUGACGGUCAUUUCUAGAAUCCUGUGUUGAAGUGCUCCCACAUGUUUUUUCAUGAAUUGUUGGCAGCAGCAGCAGCUUCUCUGCCAGGUGGCUCUUUCAGGAGACACAUCAGGACGUACGAGUUCAUGUGGUGUUUUGUUUCUGAACAGGAUCUCAGAGUAUAUGGACCUGACCCCGGCAGAGGUGGUGGGACAUACAUGUUACCAUUUCAUCCAUGUAGAGGACCUGGAAAACCUCCGGCAGAGCCACGAGGACCGUGAGUCAAAAACCCCACAUGCAUGAGUAAAGUGUGACGCUUCAUCCUCACCACACAUUACUGCACACACAGUCUGAACUUUGGGAUCUUGAUGGAUCAAGUACAGCCUGCUCAAUCUCUCGGAGAGUUGAAGUGAUCGGCGCCCUCUGCUGCCUUCAAACUGAACUACAGAUAAAUGACAGCCUUCUUUUCUGUCCUUUUCCUCGUCUCUUCCUGUUUCAGUGCUGCGGAAAGGCCAGGUGGUGACGGGUUACUACCGCUGGCUCCAGAGGAGAGGGGGCUACCUGUGGAUCCAGUCCACGGCAACUGUUUCCAUCAACCACAAAGCCCCCCACGAACGCAACGUCAUCUGGGUCAACUAUGUCCUGAGGUCAGAAAAAAAAAAAAACAGACUAGAGCGGCACUUUUUUUUUUUUUUUUUAAACUGCAGGACUGCUGAUGUGAAGCGAGCGUAGCCACGCCGGCACCACGCUGUGUACAGAGAUCCUUUGAAGGGAUUGAUGAUGAAAUACAGACGGAUUAUUGAAGGAGUUUCUCUCUCUCUCUUUCUCUCUACGACGUGCGAGAAAACUGACGAGGAUACUUUCAAAACGGGGACAUCAAAGCAAAGCACAUUAUCAGUUAAUGUUAAACUUAAAAAGUUAAUGGCUUUUCAAAUCUUUUAUAAAUAUUGAUGACAAACUAAUCUUUGUACGAACUUGAAGGAUGACCAAAUUUGGGUUAUCUGUAGUCGUCUGAUGCUUCAUGGAUUUUGAACUAAUUUGUUAUUUCCCUUAAAAGACAAAAUAAAUAUUACAGUGAACACAGAACCAAAAGUAACUCUCAGAGAUUUUAUGAAGUUGUCUGUGAACAUCUUCUCUCUUAAAAUUGUGGGCAUGAAUUUUUAUCAGAAUGGUUUAAAAAGUAGGAAGCAAAAUUGGAGAUGCUGUGCCAUGAUUCCUGUACUUUUAAAAUGUUUUUUGCCUUUUUUCUUAAGACUCUUUUUCUUCACCAGACAGACACAUCUGCAGUAACCUUGACAAAAUAUGCUUUUCUCGAAUUCCCCCUCUCUUGUACUCAUCCGGAGCGAACGCACUCGGCGUACAAACACGAACACAAACGGCUCAUAACAAUACUACGUGCGUAGCCACAGAGCAUUCAGACAAAAACAAGAGGAGGAGGCUGAAUUUCAAUGCUAAUUGGACUGAAGCUAUAUAAUUACAACAAAUGGAUGUCAGAAUUUUGGGGCUGAAUGGUGUUUUAGUUAAUUAGUGCUGUAAUUACAAGAGCUCAUUAACUUUUCCAGCAGCCUCCUCCUUGUCUGAGCUUAACCGUGUAUAGGUGGGCUGCUGAGUGGAGCGCAGAGUGUGUCUUUGUGUGUUUGUGAGGAUGGGGUCUGACUGUUUGUCUGCAUGCAUGUCAGUGCUGGUGUGUGUGUUCGGUGGAGGUUAGAGGGGUGUGAGGCAGUUUUGGCGAUUGGAAGUUGUUAUUAGGCUGAUUAUAUGUUGUUUCCAUUGUAAGUAUUCACUCAAUCAGUGCAGCACAAGUGUUUUUUUAAAGCUGUGAGUGGUCUGAAGUGGUAGAUGAUCAUUUUUACCACCUUUUUUUUUCUUCCAUUUUCUCCUUUUUCCAUUUUUUACAUCAAUCAAUCCAGUCGAACAGAGCUGCCCGACACUCCCCUGGAUCUGCUGCAGCUACCGGAGAACGUGAGAGCAGAGCGACUCAGAGUUAGCUCCUCCCCCGCUGCCAGCUCCCCACAGGCCCGAGGUGAGAGGCGACACACACGUGUGAUAGAGAGCUCAAUGACACAAACGCACACCUGUUCAGAUCUUUACUUAUUUGAUGAAUUCUUUUUCUCUCAGGAUCGCAGCAGACAAAGAGCUCAGCGGGGAAGAGCGACCCUGACUCGAAAGCGAGAGAGAAGUUCUCAGCAGCCACCAUCCAAUCAGAGGACAGAAGGAAGCGCCUGCUGAGGUCCGAACCUGAAGGAGCUCCUCCUGAAACCCGCCGCAGGAUGGAGGAGCUCCGUCACGUGGAGGAGAGUGUAUCGGCGUCCUCUGACUUGGCCAGUGAGAGUGAGGGGGAGGAAGAGGAAGAGACAGAGUGGGACCAAGGGGGAGACAUUGACAGAUUGAAACAGGAAGACAUCAGCAGGGGAGGAGGUAAACAGAGCAGAGGGGGAGGCGGAGGAGGAGGCGGAGGAGACAGCCCGACUCGGGGCAGAGAGAGAGGGGGCCGGGCGCACAACGGACGGGCUGUGAUCCAGCAGCUAAAGAGCGUAGUGACCCCGUCUCCCCUGCCUGGCAGCCCCAGCAUCAAAACUGAACACGAAGCCCUGACCACCGGGGGGCGCUGGGGGUCACACACGCAAACCUCCACGUCGCACACACACACCACGCAGCCCUCACAUGCACACACACCCUCCAGCAGCCUCAACGGGGACAGCCCCACCACCCCGAUCCCCGACUCUUCCUCCAGCAGCGAUGCUCCUCCGAAAGGCCUCUUCACUCCCCCCUCCCCGGCUCUGUCCCCCGCCAUGUCAGUGUCCUCCCCUCUUCCCCGUGACGACAGGGUGGUGUCGGGGGCCAUCAGUCGGAGCAGCGGAGGAGCAGGUACCGGCCCUGACUUUGAGCUGCUGCAGAGACUGGCUGCAGGCGGCGCAGCAGGUCGGGUCCUCUUCCACCCCCUUGCCCUCGGCCCUCAGGGCCCCCAGAGCCUCUACGCUCCCAGCACCAUCCGCUACGCUCCGCCUGAGCUGCCCCCCUCCCACCACCACAGUGCAGGACACGGGGACGGCCUGCAGCUACGCUCAGACCACCACAAGGGACCCCCGCCGGCCUUCUUUCCCCACCUGCAGCGGUUGGCCGGCCUGCCACCCUUCAGCGGUUUCUCUCCGUCUGACAGCCCGUUCUCCUCCGGUCUGCCUUUCUGUAUGAACGGACUGAGGGGGGCUGCGGGCUCCGAGGAGGACUGA